AUGGGGGCUGGAGAGACGGCGCAGCAGGACAAUGGAAGGGAAGACAGGGAACAGCAGCAGGACUCAGAGGACCAGAAGGAGAUGCCACCAGCUCCACAAAGUGCUCCUGCAUCAGAGCCCAGCAGCCAGGUGGUGGAGGUGACAGAAGAUGCGAAGGAGGAAGUGAAGCCCCAAGAUGCUUCAGUAAAGGACUCCCACGCACCUCCCACAAAUGUCGUGUUCAGAAAACCUGCAAAAGUGAUUCUUGGUGUAGAUGAAGUGGAACUGAAGUUAAGAGCACAGCAACCGUGGAGGAAACAUCUUAGUGAGAGAAUAGAGGCCAGAGCCCAGGCCAUGCAGCAGCGAGCGCUGGAGAUGGAGAGCCUGGCGAAGGAACAGGAAAAGACCACAAAGAAGCUCCCUAUGGAUGACUUGGCUAGAGAGUGGUUUAAUACUGAAAGCACGACGCUGUCCACCCGGGCGUACUUGCUGGACAAGCUGCUACCCACCUUGGUCCCUGGAGUCGAACACAUGUUAAUGCAGGUGGAAAAGAAAAAGCUUUUGAGCCGAGCUGACAUCCCAAGCAAGUUUGAUCCAAUUAAUUAUCUAGGGGAAUAUUUAAUGAGAAACAACACUCACUAUAUCAAAGACCCAGGGAUGUCUGGCUACCAGAGAGUGAUGAAGGAUGUCACGGAAGAACUGAAGGUUCAUGUUCCUGAUACGAUCGGCAACAGGGUGUCCAAGAUGAAGGAGAAAGUUAAACAAAAGAGAGAACAAAGAGAAUAUAUAAGCACGGUCAAGGUCAAGGUAGCCACCAUGAGGAAGCAGGCUCUGGGGGAGCAGUUCGGUGAAUGGAUUCUCAACCCCAAAGGGAUGAUUCCUAUGGCUGUGAUUCAGAAUGUCCUUUAUGAUUUUUUUCAGAGGCCAGAUUUGUAUCUUGAAUCACAUUGCAAAGAUUUGGUUUUGAUCAAUUCAAUGGAACCAGGACUGACCCAACAGCAAUUUGUACAAUACAUUUCUUCACACAUUGCAGACUUGAAAAGCGAUAUUUUUGAGGAACUCCUUAAACACCUUUGCCACCGCGCAGAAGAAUUCCGGGAGAUAAUAAAAGCCGAUAUGAGGAGACAGAUGUUUGCUGAACUCUUCCUACAUUGUGACACUGGGAAGGUGAAGGUCUUGGAUCGACAGAGGACAUUAUCCUUGCUGGAAGCAUUCUACGACCAAAGUUCACACACCGCUAGGGGUUUACUCCGAAACCCAAGACAGUGGCCGUUUGUCGAAUUUGGGGAGAUAGAGCUGGCUGAGUUCUGGGGAGACAUGGAUGUAAAGAAGCACAUUUACGAAGACUUCGAUGAGGUGCUCUUAAAGAUGAAUGUCUUAGUUGCUACGAAACUUGCUGGCAAUCUCCAAGAAAAAGACGAUCAAAAUCUCCCACAACAACAGAGAGAGACUAGCACAGAACAAGAGCCAUCACUAGACGCAGCGGCAGAGCCAGGCAGAGAACAGAGACCCCACAGAGGGUCACUUACAGCACAGGGACAGCGAAAAGGGUCCCACAGAUCAUCCACUUCAGGACAAGGGUCACGCAAAGGGUCAUUGGCAGAGUCAAGAUUUCCCAGAGGGUCAGUUGCCGAGCAAGGGUCCCGAAGAAGCUCCAUUGCCACAGAGCAGACGCAGGCCAGAGGGUCAGUUGGCGAGCAAGGGUCCCGAAGAAGCUCCGCAGCAGAGCAAGAGGCCCCGACAGGGCAAGACUCACACAGAGAGUCAGUGUCAGAACCAGAAUCAGCCAGAGGGUCAGUCACAGAUGAAGAAUCACACAGGGGGUCACUUUCAGAACCUGGGCAACGCAGAGGUUCAACAACAGAGCGACGCAGACGGUCAUCCGCAGAUUCCGGGUCUCGCAGAGGAUCAGCGACAGAUCAAGGACAGCGCAGAGGAUCCAGGGGUCAGCGCAAAGGAUCAGGGCGCAGAAAGUCAAGUUCAGAAUACUUACCACAUAAAGAGUCCAUCACAAAAGAGCCCCACGAUGAGUCGGGACAAGGACAGCAGACAGAUACCAUUACAGAAGAAGAGAACGCAAGCUCUGCUUCACAAUUACAAGAAAGCGGUGCCUUAGAAGAAAGCCAAAGCUCGGAAUUAGAAAAAAUGAAAUCUCAAGGAAAGCCUUUGCCUGUGGUCAACGAAGAGCGAGCCUCCGUGGAGUCUGAGCAGCAUGAGGAAGUUCCCACAACCAGUAAAAUGGAUCGUCCAUUAGGUAGCAGCAAAAAAGAUCACUUUCCAGGAAGUUCAAAAAAGGAUUCUCAGAAAGACAAAGCGUGUGAGCCAAAGCCCCAGCACGUAGAAGGAAAGCCAUGGUCAGGUGAAUUUUUGCUUUCUGACUGGAAGAUGAAUCAUGUCAGAUCUGAAGAUGAGGAACAGGCCAAAGUAAUCUGUGGUGACACCAGAUUCACAGAACUACAUGCGAUUAUUAGGAAUAUUCAGACUUACAAGGAGAUAAAAGGAAGGAGUGCUUUCAAUGGAGUCUCUCUCAAUUUGCUGCAGUUCGUGCAACUCCUAGAGACAUUUGUCGGUGAAGACACCCCCUUAAGUGUCAGCCAGAGCCUCAUCACUUUUUUUCAGAAGAACUAUUCUGAAACAAAACAAGAGAAAAUGAGAGCCUUAGAACAGGCUAGACAAAACAUCUUCCAAGCCCGGCAGGGGAUUCUCCUAGAAGCCCUCUUCCAGAAGUGGGACAGUGACUGCUCAGGCUUUCUGAAUCUGAAUGAGGUUGACGAGCUCCUGUAUACAUACAAGGGUGGGAUGGAAAGAGAAUCCAUGAAGAAAGCUAAACUGCACAUCCAAUUUCCAAAGCCACAUCCUGAUCGUGAAAUAAAGCUGUCCUCAAAGCAGUUUCAGAGGUACAUAGAAUUGGUUGUGUCUGAACUCAGGGGCAAUGAAGACCAAGUUCUGGAAAGUGUUGUGGAAUUCCUGAUGACUUCCUUAGAGAGGAGCCACACGGAGGGUCUAAGGAACUGCGCGAGACGAAAAUGGCUGCAUCAGAUCCAGCACGCUGCAGAGACAAGUGGGGUGUCCCUGGAGCCAGUGUAUUCCGAGACCUUUAGGGCCCUCACCCAGGAUGCUGAGGCUCAUGGAAACAAGAAGAUCAGCGCUCACAUUUCCCUCUUAGAGGAAAACCUGAUCCUGCCUAGCAGAGGGAACAUUCUCCUGAGGAACGUGGCCUGCACCCUGGACGAUGCUCCAUUUGUACUGAACAGAGUGCUCUACAGAGACAUGAAGGGGAUCAGCUUUACUGUCGUGGACGAAGGCAGGCCAAUCCAUGUCCCCCAAGUUAAACACCAUGGCAACAUCUUCUUCUGGAACCACUCCCGAAGCAAGAGUGAGCACAACGGGUCAUUCCUGGCUCUGCCUCUUCAGGACGCACAUAUGAGGAUUUUUGGGGUCCUGGCAGUUGACACUCUUCGAGAUCCUCGGGAAAUAAACAUCUUCCUACCUCAUGAGAUCAGAUUCUAUCAGGGUGUUGCCAAUGCCUUCAGCACGGCCUAUCACUACGUUCACAGCCGGGAGCACAUCCUCCACACUGUGAUCACCGGCGUCAGGUGGCUCUUCAACAUCACAUCCGGCAUCGUCUCCAUCACUACCUGCUUUAUCGAGCCUAGCUCAGAACAGGAAGACUAUGUUUUACGCCGUACAAUGGUUACAGAUUCUCUCGGUCUAGCAGAAAUCCUUACAGGGACCCCAGCCAUCUCCAGGAAGUCCUGCAUCUUCAGGGACUUCCUUUUUAAAUGCACAGACACGUCAGAAGUUAUUUUGGCUUCUGCUGAUGGAGAAACCCACAUUGCAAUUCCACUUCGGCAGCGAACAAGAGAGGCUAUUGGAGUCCUCGAUGUUAACAUCGGCCGCAGCAGGAUGCUGCUGUACCAAGAAUACAAAGAUCUGCAGAAGAUGGCGAAGAUGAUCCAGACCGCCUCUGAUGAAGUACUGGGCGAAUUCUCCGGGGAAGUGAAGAAGACCGAGGUCCUAGAGAUGGAAAAGGCAGGAGAAGUGAAGCGCGCGGGGAUGCUGUUCUUCCGCACCAUGCUGCAGGAGCUGCGGGAGUGCCUCCAGCUCCUCACCUCCAUGGACUUCGUGUCACUGCUGCUCUACGAGCACAGGCCUUACACAGACUUUCCUCAAGGCACCGAUCCCCAGGACAUUGAAGCCAACGUGGCCCUGGUGCACGACAUCCUGAGAGGAGUCAUCCUCUUCUCACAGCAGGAGAUAGACUCGUUCAGUGACUUGGAAGAGUGGGAUAACUGGAAGUUUUACAUUAACAAGCACUUAGUUGAGGAGCUCUGUGUGUUUGACCCGAGCGCUAGCAAUGUGGAUAUUGAUGUACACCUUGUUUUGGAAUAUAUCGAAGAUCACUCUCGACUCGAAGUAUGGAAGUUUGCCAACAUGGCCGUUGAACUCCUGUACCACUGGCUAAACACCUGCUUGACUCUCAUGGAGCUAAACAGUAAGAAAGACAGCUCUAUUUUGCCUCCGUUGCCCAGGAAGAGUGAUACCUCCAUUUUUGUGAAACUCUCAGAGAAAUGCUUGGCAUUGAAAAGCUAA